CACCUGAACGCCACCCACGUGACACGGUCCGGUCUAAUGUUGUGAAAGCUGCAGGGAAGGAACGACAGCACCAUUAUGAUGAACCAAUGAAGCAGACCGGGGCGCGCUUUCUCCCUCCAAACCAGCCAUCAAUCCCGCAUCGAUCCCCGCCCUGUUUGUCCCAGAGCUCUCGGCAGACCUGCCCUUUUGCCGCCGCGACCUUCCUCGUCCUCCCUCCAGUCGACGCCACAGUGGGAUGCAGGCUUGGGCAGGAGAGCCAUGACAUCACCCCUCCUGCAUGCAAAGGCACAAAGGCGAGGAGUAGCUGCAGGAGGAGGACGAUGAUGUUGCAGAGCUCGCCAAGGAGACCCGGCGCGGCGGCGGCGGCGGCUGCUGCUCACGCUGCUCUCGCUUUCCUUUUCCUCUUCCUCCUCCGCCUUUAACUAAGCCUCCGGCUCGCCGCCUGCUUCUCCCCCCUGAUGCAGACGCCUGCCCUGGCUGCGCCCGUGCUCGUUGGGGGAACCGGGAUCCAGCGCCGCCCUCACCGCGCAGCAUGCCCUGGGGGGUUGGCUUCGCCUCGUCCAGGUCGUGCGUGGUGGAUCUCAGCCGGAACCAGAGCCUCUGGUGCGCGGGCUCCGACGAGCGCUUCUCCUUUUAUGGGGAGAUCAUCGCUUUCCCUCUGCAGGAUUACGGCGGGGUCAUGGCCGGGCUGGGGUCCGAUUCGUGGUGGAAGAAAACCCUCUAUCUGACCGGGGGAGCCUUGCUCGCCGCCGCCGCCUACCUGCUCCACGAACUCCUGGCCAUCAGGAAAGAGCAAGAGGUUGAUUCAAAAGAUGCUAUUAUACUGCAUCAGUUUUCAAGGCCAAACAAUGGUAUUCCGAGUUUAUCUCCUUUCUGUUUGAAAAUGGAGACUUACUUAAGGAUGGCUGAUUUGCCCUACCAGAACUACUUCGAUGGAAAACUUUCCCCUCAAGGGAAAAUGCCGUGGAUUGAAUACAAUUGCAAAAAAGUGUCCGGCACAGAAUUCAUUAUUGAUUUUCUGGAAGAGAAGCUUGGAGUCAAUUUAAACAAACAUCUUGGCCCGCAUGAAAGAGCUGUUUCUAGAGCUGUUACGAAAAUGGUGGAGGAGCACUUUUACUGGACCUUAGCAUAUUGCCAGUGGGUGGACAAUCUCCAUGAGACUCAGAAGAUGCUUUCCUUUACUGGUCCUUUUAGUGACCUGCUGAAGUGGAUUCUCUGCCAUAUAACAAAAGGAAUAGUGAGGCGGGAAAUGUAUGGCCACGGCAUCGGGCGCUUCUCUGAGGAAGAGAUCUACAAGCUGAUGGAGAAAGACAUGCGCUCUCUGGCGGGUCUUCUGGGUGAUAAGAAGUACAUCAUGGGGCCCAAACUUUCCACUUUAGAUGCUACAGUCUUUGGACACCUAGCACAGGCAAUGUGGACGCUGCCAGGAACUAGGCCGGAGAGACUAAUUAAAGGAGAACUGAUUAACCUUGCUAUGUACUGUGAGAGAAUAAGGAGGAAAUUUUGGCCAGAAUGGCACCAUGAUGAUGACAACACUCUGUAUGAGUCAGAAGAAAGCAGUGAAGCAAGUAAGACUCAGCCAUUGCUGGACUUCAGUUUUUACUCAAGGACAGAAACAUUUGACGAUGAGGGAACCGAGAAUAGUUUUUCGCGAACACCUGACACCGAUUACACGGGACAUUCCCUCUUCGAUUCUGAUGUGGACAUGGAUGACUACACAGAUCACGAACAAUGCAAGUGAUGUGUCUACAAAGCGCUUCUCCAUCUUUUAUCAGAAAUGCCACCACCUCCUGGGAAUCCUGCCAAUUGGCCUAGGUUCUAAAGAGACCCAAAUUGGUUGGGAUGUGAGACAAUGUUGCUUUAUGCCAUUCAUGUGGAUCUUUUCAGCAUUUUUAUUUUUUUUAGAACAUUCCACUGGAUUCUAGAGAAACCAUUUUUAAUUCUGUAUAACAAGGUGGUAUGGUUGACAAGGAAGGUAAUGUGUGGGAAUGAGACCCCCCUUUUUUUAAAAAAGGAAGAACAUUCCAGAAUGAUACGCAGAAACCAUCCAUAGGCCAAAAGGAAGUAUUGAGAAAGGCUGAUGUUUGAGCUACUUUCUUACCAGAAACAGGCUUGGUGGAGGGAAGAAAGAGGGGUCAUUAGGACUCCACAUAGAUCAUGGAAAUGGUUGAAUGGAGUAAACACAGUGAGCAUAGCUGCCAAGUUUUCCCUUUUCUCGCGAGGAAGCCUAUUCAGCAUAAGGGAAAAUCCCUUAAAAAAAGGGAUAACUUGGCAGCUAUGACAGUGAGGGAUUAUAACAUUAUCUCCAUCCUGCCCCUCUAUGUCCUCCAUAAGUUUGGGUGUGUUAAGUGACUGCAUUUCCUCUGGGGAAGGUUCCUCUGGUCCCCAGUUUCACAGAGAAACAGCCAACAGAGACAAAAAUAAUGAGGGGCGGUUGUUUUUGCAUUCAAAAUACCACCAAUUGUUUCCCAUCUGACUCAUCAGCUUGGCAAUUUAUUUAUUUAUAUUGUAACUUUUUGUAAGGGGUCAGUGCACCAAUUUUGCUCUUCAGCCUUAUGGAUAAAGCCCACUGCCAACAUUUCAUCACACAUUUGUGUGACUGAGAAGCAGAAGCCAAGUUCAGGUUAUGCAGAUUGUCAGGGGAUUGUUGCAGCUACUCUCGAGUAAAGACGCUCCAGUCCGCACUGUCUUUAAGAGUUUUAUUGUGCAUACUAUUUACAGUGCAGA